AUGGUCCGGGAAAAGAACAAGGAAAAUGCUUAUGUGAGCCAAUACCAGAAUGGAUGCAAAUCUGGACAUGAGAUUGGUGGAGUCCCUAUAGGGGCAUUUGGUGGAGUGUUAGUGGCUGCUGUUUCAGUUGAUGGAAAUAAUGGCAUAUUUUCUGUUGCAUAUGGUGUUGUUCAAUCUGAAGACAAAGACAGUUGGCUAUUCUUCCUCUGUCACUUAAGAGAGACCCUGGAGAGGAAUAGAGAUACAGUCACAGCCCCUGAUAUACCAAUCACAUUUAUGACAGACAAACAAAAGGGUCUUAUUGAAGCAAUAUCAAUCAUCUACCCUGAAGCAAACCAUAGACACUGCAGUAGACAUUUAUACAAUAACUUCAAGAAGCAUUUUGGAGGUGGGCCAGCAUUGAGGGGUUAUUUCUGGGCUGCCAUGUAUGACUUUCAGAAAGCUAUGAAUGGGAUGAAAGAAGAAAAGAAAGAAGCUUAUGAUUGGUUGAUGAAGACUCCAGUUCAGAUGUGGGCAAGACAUGCAUUUGAUCAUAGAGCCAAAAGUGAUCACAUAACCAACAAUAUGACUGAGUCAUUCAACCAGUGGAUUGCACCCAUACGGAGCAAACCAAUCCUUACAGUGAUUGACCAAAUUAGGCUGAAGUUGAUGUGCAGGCUACAUAAAAGGUUGGUGAAUGGCUGCAACUUUCCUGAUGUCCUGACUCCUAGGAGUUCCUCUAAGCUUGAAAGUUUACAAAAGAAUGUGAGGUUUUGCAGACCAUCAGUUGCUGGAGGAGACAAGUAUGAGGUACAAGAUGGCUCUCAUAGGUAUGUGGUUGACCUAGGAAAUCUAACAUGUGAAUGUGGGAUCUAUAUGGCAACUGGGUUACCAUGUAGACAUGUAGGUGCAUGCACUCAAUUUAGCAGGGUUCCAGUCCGGCACUAUUGUCAUGCAUAUUACACAACAAAGACAUAUCUCUUGGCUAAUGGGGGAGUAAUUGAUCCAUUAUCUGAUCCUAAUACUUUGGAAGAGACUAAUCUACUUCCUCCACCACUAAAGAGGUCAAUUGGCAGACCAAAUAGAUCAAGGAGGAGGGAACCUGAUGAAGCCCGUAAAGAAGAUAUAAGGAAGAGGUCCACCACUGUUAGAUGUAGUAAAUGUCAUUCCUUUGAUCAUAACAAAAGGACGUGCAAAGGAGGACCAGUAAAAGGCAAGAGACCAUCUACUUCAAAAACUAUUGGUGUCAAGAGGAAAGCAAGUACUGAUAUACAUGCUGAUACUACACCCUCUCAGAGGGUAACCAGAUCAUCUCAACAAUCUUCUACAUCUGCACUUACUACUGAACAAGAUAAGGUUCAGAAAAGAAUGGAAGUCAAGGCUUCUAAACUGAAGGCAAAGAGAGAUGGCCAAACAAAGCCAUAA